AUGAACGACACCGCCCGCCCAUUAACCUCGCUCCAAAGCGUGAUCCUAGCAACGGGGCCCUUCAUCUUCCUCUGGAGCACACUGAGGCGCUACGUGCAACGCAACGGCGCCUUCCCGCUCGCCAGGACAACCACGACCCUCAACAGCCGGCUCUACGCCGUCUUCUCCCUGGCACUCGCAUGUCUCAUUCUCAACGACAAACUCCACUUCAAGCCCCUGGAAGCCAGAAUGCCCACCAGCCUCACCCUCGCCACCUGCGACCUAGCGUACAUCUACCACAUCUCGAAAGUAUACGAGUACAUCGACGUGUUCAACCUCGUCGCGGCCGGCAAGGUCAUCGGCCCGCACAUGGCGUUCCACCACCUGACGAUGCCGUUCCUGACGCACUUCCGCGUGCUGAACGUGUCCGGCCCCGACUCCGACUGGCAAGUUUUCGCGGCGCUCAACUGUUUUCAUCAUUUCUGGAUGUAUGCGUAUUUCGGUGGCGUGGGAGCGUUCAGGUCGAUCCUGCCGCUCACGGGCUGGCUGCAGCUGGGCGCGGGCAUUGCGGUUGAUGUGCUUUGGUUGACGAGGCGUGGGGAGCGGAGGGAUGAGGCCGGGGAUGGGGAUGCGCCCGAGGCGAGGAAUCGCGUCAUUUGUGUGUUGUUAUUGACCAGGUAUGCCAUGUUGUUCUACGAGGAGUUGAGGUCUGGGAGUCAGCAGAAGGAAAUGAAAACGGAACAGGUACGGGCGGCGGAGAAGAAAAGGGAUUGA